AUGGCUCUCCUCCCACGUCUGACACACUCGUUCGGACCAAGUGCCCGCCACGAAAUGGGCCCCUUUUUAAGUUUGUUCAACGAUACAUUCGCCGAGCUACAGAAGCUCUCCGACAACGCCAGCCGGACCUUUGCACCGAGAUUCGACGUCCGCGAAGCAGAAGACAAGUACUAUCUUGAGGGCGAGCUCCCUGGCAUUGCGCAGAAGGAUAUUGCGAUUGAGUUUCUCGAUGACCAGACGCUCACGAUCAAGGGGAGGACCGAGAAUUACAGGAAAGAAGGGAACGUGCCUGAGGAAGUGCAGGCUUCGGAUGCGGCGGGGAGCGGUUCUGCAGAGCAGGCUAGUGGGAAAGACAGUAAGCACCUUUCGACCAUUGGUUCCUCCCAGGAGGUUUCGAAGGGCAAUUCCCAGCAUAAUCACACGUACUGGAUCACGGAGCGCAGCGUCGGCGAGUUCGCUCGGAGCUUUGCGUUCCCCAAUCGCGUGGACCAGGACAAUGUGAAAGCCAGCCUCAAGGACGGAAUACUGAGCGUUGUGGUGCCGAAGAUGAAGAAGGGCAGGGAGACGAAGAAGAUCCAGAUUGAAUAA